CUCUCAACUGUGCUCAGAGAGAGAGAGAGAGAGAGAGAGAGAGAUGGGGAAGCAGACGAGGGUGAGAAGGCCAGAGAGCAGCAGCUACGGUAAAGGAAAUGUGACGCCCGUCCAAAUAGCCUUCAUUGUUGAUCGCUAUCUCUCCGACAACAACUUCACCCAAACUCGCACCGCCUUCCGCUCCGAAGCCUCCGGGCUCAUCUCCAAAUCUCCAGUUAACGAGGCUCCGAAGACAUUGUUGACUUUGGGAGCGAUAUUAGACGAGUACAUACGUUUGAAGGAGCAAAAGGUGAUGUUGGAUCAAGAAAAGUGCCGUUUGGAGCAGGAGCAAUCGCGGGUCCAGACUCUGCUCAGGGGUAUGCAAGAUGCGAUGAACGUUUAUAACGCCGGUGGAAGCGUUCCCCCGCCGCCGGUGGUUGCGCCUGGGGCGGAAAAAUCUGCUCCUUUGGUUCGACAGAUGGACCUCACAGUUGGGUCUCCGGCAGGUUAUCCUGCAUAUAACACUCCAGUAAUGAUGCCGACAUCAGGACCCUCCAAUGCUCAAACAGAUCCAUCCAAUUUCUCUACACCAACGGCAAACCAUCUAACUACCAAAAGGAGGAAGGGUUCAAAAGAUCUUCUGGGUGCAUCUGUGGCUGCAAAGAAAUCUCGUAGCAACGUAAAUGCCAACCAGCUUCCAGUUAAAGGUGCCAAUGCUCUUUCACAGCCAAGCAAAGUGAAUAAUCAAGAGAAUCCUCUACAAUGCUCGGCAGGCCAAUCAGCACCUCACUGUAAUGUCCUUAACAGGUUACCAGUUCAAGGGUCGAGUGUUGCCAAGUGUUUAUUCAACCCGCCUCAUCAGCCCCCUCCAACUAAUUUAUCUGUUCCUAAAACGCCUCUUCAAGCAACUUCUUCCCAAACUGACAAAUCUGCUUCUCCACUAGAAACCUCAACGGCUACUUCUGGUGAUGAUGUGAGUCCCCAGCAGAAGACCUCCACCAAUUGCAUUGUGAUCUCUUCAGAGACAAUUACAGUGAGCCCUGUGAAACAACUAACCUACUACUCCAUCGAGAGAAAUCAAUGCGUUUCAUCACCACUCAAGACAAGUUUGAAGAGGGUUACCAAGAGGGAUCAUGUUAAAGGAAGGCUGGAUUUUGAUGGUUCCGAUGCACCAGAAAACUCGGGGAAAUCAAUUCCUAAUGACCUUUUGGUAUCUGAACCUGACAGGAAUGAAGAUAUUUUUGACUUAGAUUUACCUAGUUUGGAUGCUUUUGGCAUGGAUUUCUCUCUUGGUGAUUUGUUGGUUGAUUUUGAUCUUGAGGGUGGCUUUGCUUGCCUGCCAGCCAAUGAUUCUUCUCCAAAUUCCCAUUCGGGGUCAUCCCAGGAACCAUUUGAUUUGAGUGAUAACCAAGUUGUGUCUGAGCUUUCAUCAACUGUGACAGAAAUUCUUUCAGAGAAACGCUCAAAUACGGAAGGGCCAGAAUCUGUGACUACUGUAAAGUCCACAACAAAAAGCAUCACGAUUUUAAGUCCUGUGAAAAACCAUAGAGGCUCCUGUUCGGAUCCGGAAAAUUUAUCUGCAAGAAGCUGAAUGGUUUAGCAGACAAGAUGACUCAUAGACUGACAUUAUACCAGCGAACUAGUUCCAACUUCUAAUUGCUGUUUAAUGUUCCAAACAUGUUAAGAACCAAUUUUAGUGUAGUUGAGAAUUAGAUAAAUCAAAUUACAACCAAUUUGUUAAUUUCAUAUUAUAUAUAUUUUCAAGCAUACUGACGUAUAAAUACCCUUUUGGAAUACAUAUUUCAUCUUCGUUGGUGUUUGCAAUUUUUUUGAUCUUUCUUCUCCUUAAAUAGGAGUAUUCCAACAACCAU